GGCCAGAAAUCGCUUCACCAUUCCCAAAUCUUUCUUCCAUUUUCUCUCCACAAAACUCUCUCUUCAAUCUACGAUAAUGGAAGGAACCGGCGUUGUAGCUGUCUACGGUAACGGUGCGAUAACGGAGGCUAAGAAAUCUCCCUUCUCCGUUAAGGUCGGUUUGGCUCAGAUGCUCCGUGGUGGUGUUAUCAUGGAUGUCGUCAACGCCGAGCAAGCUCGUAUCGCCGAGGAAGCUGGUGCUUGCGCCGUCAUGGCUUUGGAGCGUGUUCCUGCUGACAUUCGUGCUCAAGGAGGCGUUGCUCGUAUGAGCGAUCCACAAAUGAUUAAAGAAAUCAAACAAGCCGUUACGAUUCCGGUGAUGGCUAAGGCUAGGAUUGGUCAUUUCGUUGAAGCUCAAAUCCUUGAAGCAAUUGGAAUCGAUUACAUCGAUGAGAGCGAGGUUUUGACUCUUGCUGAUGAAGAUCAUCACAUCAACAAGCAUAAUUUCCGGAUCCCUUUCGUUUGCGGUUGCCGGAAUCUCGGCGAGGCUUUGAGGAGGAUCCGUGAAGGUGCGGCGAUGAUUAGGACCAAAGGUGAAGCUGGAACUGGUAACAUUAUUGAAGCUGUGAGGCAUGUGAGGUCUGUUAAUGGUGACAUUAGGGUUUUGCGAAACAUGGAUGAUGAUGAGGUUUUCACUUUCGCUAAGAAAUUAGCAGCUCCGUACGAUCUAGUGAUGCAGACUAAGCAGCUUGGUCGUCUUCCUGUAGUCCAAUUCGCCGCCGGUGGAGUGGCUACUCCGGCUGAUGCAGCUCUCAUGAUGCAGCUUGGAUGUGAUGGUGUCUUUGUUGGUUCUGGUAUCUUCAAGAGCGGUGACCCAGCGCGUCGUGCACGUGCCAUUGUUCAGGCUGUGACUCAUUACAGUGACCCUGAGAUGCUUGUGGAGGUGAGCUGUGGACUUGGAGAAGCCAUGGUUGGGAUCAAUCUCAAUGAUGAGAAGGUUGAGAGGUUCGCUAAUCGCUCCGAGUGAUCAAAGAACAAAAAGGUAAAACUUUCAGACGAAAUGGAAUUCUGAGACCAUUUUGCAGUAAUCUCUUUGAAAAGAAGAAGAUGAUAUUGUUGGUAGUUUGUGUCCUUUGUGUUUUCCUUAUAUCUUUGAUAGUGUUUUGUUAUUGUAAUCUCGUAAUCCAUUUGCAAGAACAAGUUUGUCAGUUAUAAUAAUGUACUACUCUCUUGAUCAGUUGUUUUUGAAUCAGAUAUAUUCUUCGUUCCAUUGAUAUGGAGCUUGUUAUUCAAUUAGAUUUCAGACAGCCUAUUGGUAGUAUCAGGUUGAUAACAAAGGAUGAAACUUGUUUGAUUUGGUAAUGAGAUCUUCCUCGUACAUUGGUACCGAGCUCUGCAACUGUUUCCGUAUUGAAUUUGGUUUGAAGAAGUGUCCUGGAUUAGAAUCACAUAGCCUCUAGUUCUUAUAUCAAUUUGUGAUUUCAGGCAUAGCUGUAAACCUAACAGAGGAAUAAUAUGAUUUGGGUUUCUUUGUUGUUAAAGAGUAAGAAUCAUCGAUUUCAUGAUUUGUGGAUUAUGGUUUAUGGGGGGUUCUUUGCAGCGAUGUUUGCAUUCUAAAUUGGUUUUUGUGAAAUGCUAUAUUAAUGUGUGAUUAGUAAAGGAGAGAGUUCAUG